AUGAUUCUAGUCUCCGGCAUCGUCUCCACCGUCGUCGAGCAACUGGGCUCGAUCUUGGUGGAGGAGCUCAAGCAGAGCGCGCGUCUCGUGGUCGGCGCUGACAGAAACGUCCGCAACCUCACCGCAACCUUCAAGCUCAUCCAGGCCGUGCUCGCCGAUGCGGAGGAGCAGCAGCUGGCGGACAAGGUCACCGAGCUCUGGAUCGACGAGCUUCAAAUCAAAGCCUACGAGAUGGAGGAUCUACUCGACGAGUGGUCAACGGCGAUCCUCAAACGUCAAAUCGAAGGAUCGGACAGCCGGGAGGAGGAGCAACUCAGCUCGCUCGAUGCUCGCCUUCUCCAGAUCUCCGUUUUCUUCAGCAGCGUAUGUGAUUAUCUCCCUACUUCCUCCUGCUUUUCCUUUCGGGAAAUCCCCAUGCGGUACGAUAUCUCUAGGAGAAUCAAGGAUCUGAAUAAGGAACUCGAUUUCAUUGCCGAAGGGAGAAAUCGUUAUAAAGAGAUUGUUCCCACUAGUCAGCCUCAGAAGAAAUUUGUUGCGUCUAGGGUGACUAGUCAUGUCCUGGAUGCAGCAGUUCAUGGUAGGGAUUUGGAGAAGAGUCAAAUCUUGGAGUUUCUAAUGGGGGGAAACAUUGCAAAUCUCAAGAUUGCAUCUAUUGUAGGGAUGGGUGGAUUGGGGAAGACUACAUUUGCUCAGCUUCUGCACAAGGAAAUGAAGGGUCAUUUUGACAGUAGCAUCUGGGUGUGCGUCUCUAAUUCAUUUGAAGAGACCAAGGUUGCCAGUGCGAUCCUUGAAUCUCUAUCAGGUGAGAAACCAGGCUCUUCAAAUUUAUCUGUGAUUUUAGGGAAGAUAGAAAGAGAGGUUGGGAAGAAGAAGUUCUUUCUUGUUCUGGAUGAUGUGUGGGAAGACUCGAUAGACAGCUGGAGGUCAAUAAUGGCUUCUCUAUCAAGCGGUUUAUCUGGAAGCAGAGUCUUGGUGACUACUCGUCGUAAUGAUGUUGCUAAUGCUUUGAGCAUGUGUAUUGCCAAUAAUCUUCUGGUGGGUAGCAAUGAGUCCUCCCGAACAUUGGAACUAAAGGAGUUAUCUAUGGAGGCUUGUAUGGCGGUUUUCAGUCAAUGGGCAUUCUGCAAAUGGGAUGAGAAAGAGUGUGGACGGGUAAAAGAUAUUGCCGAUAUUAUAGUAAGAGAAAAAUGUCAUGGUUCGCCUCUGGCCGCAAGGAUUCUAGGAAGCUUUCUUUCCUCCAAAAAGUCUAGGCCAGAAUGGAACAAAGUGUUGCACAGUGGGAUAUGGGGAGUGGAAAAGCUCAGAACUGACUCUUUGCACAUAUGUGGUUAUCUUGGAGCACCCUCGAAAGAGGAGGACCUGGAAUUGAUCGGAGAUACGUACUUUGAAAGUUUAGCUGCUCGUUCUUUCUUCCAAGACAUCAGAAAAGGUAGCAUGGUUGAUAACAUUGUUACUUGUCGAAUGCAUGACUUGGUGCAUGAUUUUGCUGAAUUCGUUUCAAGCGAUGAAUCUUAUGGCAACGAUGUUAAUGUGAUCGACGAGUCUAAAAUGGACGACAUCAGCAAAAGAUUGCAUCAUUUGAGAGUUGUCGUAUCCUCCAACGGACAACUUCAGUUCCCUUGUUCUCCUGAUGCUUUCAAGAGCCUGCGCACCCUUUUGGUUCUUCGUGUAAAUUUUUUCCGUGUGAGUAACCUCCCUAAUGAUCUCGCCAAUUUACCAAAGUGUCUACGAUCAUUAAGCCUAAGUAAUUGUGGUGUCAAAGGGUUGCCACCUACUAUCAGCAGGCUUGUACAGUUGAGAAUGCUAGACUUAUCUCAUAAUUUUGACUUGGAGGAGUUGCCUAAUGAGUUAUGCGAUUUGAUUAAUCUACAAACUUUGAAUGUAGAGCACUGUCGCUGUUUGGAAAGAUGGCCACAAUGGAUGGAGAAACUAGUCAGCUUGAGACAUUUAAUUAAUGCUGGUGGAGGAGGGUCCAUUCCUAGAGGGAUUGGUAGGCUCACAGGGCUUAGAACAUUGUCAGAGCUGAGACUGGGCGAGAAUGGUGUUACACCUUCUCUUAGAGAUCUGCAGAACUUCAACCACCUCUCUGGAAACUUACUCAUAUCGGGAUUGGGAGAAUCGUCGGAGCAUGCAAAGGAUGCCGAGCAUGCACAACUGGAGAGUAAAAAGCACAUCACCAAUCUGUCGUUGGCAUUUGAAGGAGAUGACCUACCGUCAAAGCAGAUGAUAGCUGAGCAUCAAAAGAUGGUUGAAGCACUUAAACCAUCAAUGAAUCUGGAAGUUUUAGCCAUUCGACACUAUCUAGGCAAAGUGAGUCCUAGCUGGCUGCCAUUGCUAAUCAAUCUGACCAGGCUUACACUCGAAGAUUUUACAGAGUGCUUGCAAUUACCCCCUCUGUGGAAGUUGCCAUACCUCGAGUAUCUCAAACUAGAUGGCUUUCAUGGAGUGGACGUUGAUUUUUUCGGGAGAAGGGAAAUUGGUAGUGACAAGAUUGUUGCAUUCCCUAGUCUAGUAGAACUGAAGAUUACGUCGUUCAAAUAUUGGUAUCAGUGGGAGUAUACCAAGGAAGAAACGACUAGAUAUGCAGAGAUCUUGCCUUGCCUUCGCAAUCUGUACAUAGGAUUCUGCGAUGAUUUGGAGAAGCUUCCAGACCAACUUAUCCAGAAGCCAACGCUGCAGACGCUAAAACUCACAUAUUGCUACCACCUUUGUUCUUUGUAUCAACUGGGCGGAGAAGAACGCCACAAAGUUGCUCGCAUUCCUGCAGUCGUUAUUGAUAAAAACGAGUGCAUUUGCGGCAAAGCACUCCCAUUCAACGAGCUCUGCGAUUGUCCAUCCUUUGAUUACAUGAUGGAUGGAAUGUCCUACGACUGAACAACAGAUUUCAGUAUGCGGGAAGAACUACUGGGCUCACUGGGUGGUGGAAAAGCAGGGCACAGAAUUUUGGUGACUACCCAUAAGAAGAGUGUUGCUGCUGCUUUGCUUUGCUCUUCUGAGGCUCACAUGUUUCAAUUGCGGCCAUUGUCAGAGGAGAGGCUUGUUGCUCGGUAUUUGAGCAACACGCUUUUCUGGGAUAUGAUGGGAAACAUCAUCCUUACGUUGAAGAGCUUGGUAAGGAAAUAGUGAGACAGAAGUGUGGUGGUUUUGCCUCUUACAGCGGAAAAUCUAGGAUGCUUUAUGUGUCUUAAAGAAAUCCAGACAGCAUCAACUGUGGGACUCUGCCUCUCCGCGCGCGAGGGAAAUUGAUGUCGCUCGAGUAUCUCGAGCUGCGUGCGAUUUGCCUGUGAAGAAGGUCGGGCUUGAGUUCUUGGGAGGCAGUGUAAGUGUUGAUCCAGUGUUGCAAUUAGUUCAUGUUCUUUGUCAAUAUGAUGAUCACUAUUAUGUGAAGUGAUUAUGUAUAGUAAGCAACUCCUGCUGAUUCGCCAUUUCUGCAGUUGAAGAUAUGAACACUAGGUGUCACAUCGCUCUACCAGAAACUUUAUUUUUGUCCAGAUAGGUUUUGCUUCUUCAUUAAUCUAUCAUCAUCAAUUGCACGAUU